GGAGGAAGCAGCAGCACCGGGAACGGAUCUUUGGAUUGCUCUCCGCGCUGGACUUCCAUGAAGUUUUGAGUUUUUUCAUUCAAAGGCAAGGAAGCAGAGCUGAUGAGCCGGGUCUGAGACCCCCCACCCCAAUAUCCAUCUCUGCCCCCUUCCCCCUUUGCGUUCUUAUGCCCAUGCACUGCUCAUGCUUCCAGGUACUGGUGGCAGCGCUAGCGCUGGUGGCCGGCUUGCAGCUGCUGUACUUGGCCCUGCUGUCUGGGCUUCACGGGCAGGACCAGCGUUCCCGCUAUGCCGAGCUUUUCCAGGGGCGGCAGCGGCUGCCCGGGGACGGGCACAAGGAGAGGCUCAAGAAGGUCCUGGCGAGCGGCGGCGUCCUGGAUGCCAGUGGGCAGUACCGCAUCUACCGCGACAUGCUGCGGGGCUCGUGGGACGGCCAGCGGGGCCCGGACGUGGUGCUGGUCACGCACACCAGCCUGGGCAACUUACACCACGCGCAGCGGCUGGCGGAGCGCUGGCGGGGGCCCGUCUCGGUAGCCCUCUUUGCGCCGGGCUCGGCCGAGGUCCGCCUGGCCACGGCCAUGGUCUACGCCUUGGGGGCCCUCUGCGCCCCGGCCCGCCAGCUGGUCCGCCUGCACCUGGUGUGCCACGCCGACCAAGCGGCCGCUUUCCCUGAGCCGGCGGACGGCGGGGAGUUUGCCCGCCUGCAGAGCUGCGCGGACGUCUUUGCCAAGCUGGUGCGCGUCGGGGCCGGCCGGCGCAAUUACGCCAUGGAGGUGGCCAACGCUUCUUACCCCAACAACUUGCUCCGCAACGUGGCUCGGGGGGCGGCGGAGGGCCACUGGAUGCUGGUGGUGGACAUGGACAUGGUGCCCAGCGAGGGCCUGCGGGAGGCCUUCUUGGCGUUACCCAGAGCCGCAGAGGAGGGCACGCCGGGGGUCUUCGUCGUGCCGGCGUUCGAGAUCCGCCACACCCGCCGCAUCCCUGGCACGAAGGCAGAGCUCUUGCAGCUGUACCAAGUGGGCGAGAUCCGGCCGUUCUACGAGGAGCUGUGCGCGCGGUGCCAGGCUCCUACCAACUACUCCCACUGGCUGAAUCUCCCUACGGGCGGCCCGCUCCGGGUGGCGUACGAGGUGGAGUGGCAAGACCCUUGGGAACCUUUCUACAUCGGCGCCAGCUCCGUGCCACGUUAUGACGAGCGCUUCAAGCAGUACGGCUUCAACCGCAUCAGCCAGGCCUGUGAGCUCCACGUAGCUGGCUACCGCUUCUCGGUGCUGAGCAACGCAUUCCUGGUCCACAAGGGCUUCAAGGUGGCGGGCGAGUUCCACGCGCAAAAAGACGCCGAGAACCAGCGCAACAAGGUGCUCUUUCGGCAGUUCAAGCAGGAGUUGAAGACCAGGUACCCUGACUCUCUGCGGCGAUGCUGACUUCACGUCCCCCUUCAGGUGGAGAGGGUACUGAGGCUCUUUCGAACUGCGGGGAAACCGUGCGUUGCACACUGCCUCAGCAGAGACGUCCAGCUCAGGAUGAGACCCA